AAAGACUCGGACUAACAGGUGCCCUACGAUGUCCACCAGCUGUCCACUGGCAUACUGACCCUCAUAAAUUUAAAAUGCAUAUAUGGUUGUCAUUCUGAUGUUAAAACACAUGCAAUGACUUUCAUGUGCACAAUUUGAUAAAGAAAUCUGAUAGUGAAGUGAAGUUUCAGUAAUCAAUGUAAAGGACUCACAUGGUGUAAUAGUUCAAAAGAUGGCCGUUAUAUAUCAGAAUAUGUAUGGCUGGAUACUUGAUCAUCGGCAAAUGAUUGCAGAGGCUUUUAAAGAUGUUAAUUCUGAAGACGGUACUAUGACAGAUUUCUCAUACAAAAGGGACAUGUUUGAAAUAAAUAGCCAAUUUAUCAUGGAUAGCCAGUUUGAAAGUAAAAUCAGAGUACAGGAAAGGGAUGAAGAUAUAUUUGCCAAUCGUAAAAAGAGAAAAAGAAAAAGAAAAUCUGAUUUAAAUAAAGGAGAAAUUAAAGCUAAAACAUAUCAUGAUAAAAUUAUAGAAGUGAUUUUACGUGCCUAUAAAUCUUUACUCGAUGGUUCCAAAGAUAUCAAGCUUUUUAGAGAUCUUGGUAAAUCAUUAGAUAAUAAUGUUUCUGCAAGGAAAAUUGCUACCAACUCUGGACCAGGAGACAAAUUAAGGGAAUUGUGUUAUACUGAUAUCAACGACCUUGACAUUAAAACUGUGACUUUGAAACCGCAAGGUGUUUAUGAUAAUUUGUGUAAUAAACUUGUGAAAAAUUGCAGCAACUCUCCCAUAAAAGUUAAAAUUAAGGAUGACUUUUACCUUUUACCUGCUGAAUGUUCUUUCAUUAUGGGUGACACUGUUAAUUUAAACUAUUUUUCUACAAUUUUAGGCAGAAAUGAAUUUGACUUUAUUUUACUUGAUCCCCCAUGGGAGAAUAAGUCUGUUAAAAGAAAGAAACAAUAUUGGACUUUGGAUAACGAAGAAUUGUUUAAAAUCCCAGUUCCUGAGUUAUCUUCCCCUGGUUGUGUUAUUGGUGUGUGGGUUACAAACAAAAUGAAACAUAAGGAUUUUGUUAUACAAGAGUUAUUCCCCUUUUGGAAUGUAGAUUUUAUAACAACAUGGUAUUGGAUUAAAGUCACAAAGACUGGCAGCACAGUAUUAGACAUAAUGUCCGAACAUAAAAAACCAUAUGAAAUUCUUAUAUUAGGAAAAUGUAAACACACAGAAAUGAAGGAUGUAUCCGAUGAAAAGAUAGACUCUAACACAGAAGAAGAACAUACUAAAAAUGACAUUUGUAAAAAUAUGAAAUGCAAAGAAAACUUAAGUGAAAAGAUAAGUUCUAAAUCUUUAGAUGGCAUUUGUAAUGAGAGAACUAUCUUACCUGCUUCGUUAAACAAUGACAAUCUACCAUUAGACAUGACAAUGAUGAGCGUGCCUAGCAGUAUUCAUUCUAUGAAAAUUCCAUUACAAGAUAUUAUGAAACCUUAUCUUCCAGAAACUCCAAAUUGUUUGGAAAUAUUUGCGAGGAACUUGACGCCAGGUUGGUGUUGCUAUGGCAAUGAGGUGUUUAAACAUCAGCAUAUGGAUUAUUUUGAAGUUUUUACCAAAGAUACUAGAAUUCCAUUAUACUCUGAUGUGAAAUAAAUAAAUGUUUAAAGCAUGCAUCCGACUCAUUUUAAAUAUUUUAGGUGCAUUGUUCAUGCUUUUGUGCACACAUUUAAGUACCAAUUCCAAAAAUAUUUGUACACAUUGUAUAACCAUCAUUGUUGAAAUA